AUGGGGCCCAGCAUCGAUCCUGGGAAGGGUGAAACUCCCCAGCUUCAUACCCUGCCUCUGGAAGUUCAGGCGAUGAUUCUUAGCAGUAUGGCACCCCAGCACUUUCGGAAGGCCUUCUUCACGUGCCGUCUGGUGUGUCGAAGGCUCAAGGAGGCCACAGACCUUGCUUUCAGGAAUAAAUUCGUCCCCUCGGUCCGCUUUUCGAUUUUUCUAGAUGAGGUUACCGCAAUCCGUAAGGCCGGGCAUCGAAUAGACUUUGAAGAUUAUUCUAUCGAAGUUACUUUGGAUUUUACUUCAUUUUCCGAAGAUAAAACUCAAGCUAUCUUCUCUUAUGGCCCUAAUUCCGGUGUUGAUACAUUUGACGAUACCGUAUCAACAAGCGACGCAGAAGUUCGCAUCGGGCCUGUUCGAUUUUGGCCACUACGUCCUAUCUGUAAGCUUCUUUGGCAAGGUACUAUGGAGCGUUACCAGGUUCGAACUACAGAGGAAGGAUAUCACAAGCCUCGUCUCCAUGUCGCUGGCAUGCUAUUCGAGUUACCAUAUAUGGACGACAUCAAGUUUGACCCUGAAAAAGUCGAGCUCAGAAUCCCCUGGGUCAGAUUUGCGGCUUGUUUGUUCCCUAGACACGACGUGUUUGGGAGACAGCUCAAGCUAAUGGCAUGUCAGGACCUUGAGGCUACCCGCUGGAAGACAUCAAACCCAUCCGUAGAACAAGGGUUACGAAUUGCUUUGCGUUCGAAUGUCGUGCGCGCCGAACGAUUCUAUACAUGCUUCGAAGCGGCUUAUUGGGAAUAUUCACGCCUGUUUCCACAGGAGUCUACCUGGUACUGGAGUCCCUUUAGGAUUCCUAGUCCCUCAGCCUGGUACCCAGAAUGGGCCGAAUACGUUGGAAUCAGCUUGACGGCUUAUUGA